AUGGACUGGCAGGACGACGCUCCUCACAGAGAGGACCUGGGCGGCGGACAGAAGCACUUCAUGACGCGCGCUUACAUACACCUGGUGUGGCGCAAGGUGCAGGUAGUAGCAAACAUGCUCGCGCUGGGCUACGACGUGCUCUUCAGCGACUCCGACAUCCUCUGGCUGCGCAACCCACUGCCGCUGCUCUGGCGCCGCCCACACGACCUGCAGAUGUCCGCCGACUGGUGGUCGCCCAACCCGCGCUCUGUUGUGGCCAAUGGGGGGUUCUAUGCCGCACGGGCCAACAGUCGUACGCUCCGGUUCUUCCAGGACUGGCUGGCCUGGCACAGAAGGUGUCCGCAGUUCCGCAUACAGCAGGUGUUCAACUGGAUUCGCCCCGAGGCCAACCCCUUCACACGCGUGGCCUCGCCGCUGCUGCUGCGCUACCUGCCCACCAACCAGUUCGGGGGCUUCUGUGAGAUGGGCCACUCGCUCUCCACGCUGCUCACCGUGCACGCCAACUGCUGCCCAGGGCUGGGAAACAAGCUGCCCGUGCUCAAGCAGCUCGCGGCUGACUUUGACUUUUUUUCGGCGCUGCCCGUGGCUGCCCGGGAGGGGAUGGAGGAGAGGGGGUUUGAGUGGAAGGGGCGGAACUGCUCGUCCAACUGGAACAAGCUGCCCCGCGACACACCCGUGGAGGCAUCAUAG